AUGGGUGGUUGUGCUGCACCAAAUUGUUCGAAUCAGUCUAAAAAUAACUUUAGGAUGUUUCGUUUCCCUAGAAAUGAAGAAAGACGAAGAAAAUGGAUAGUUAAUUCUCGUCGAGAUCAAUGGAUCCCGGGCCCAGGAGCGUAUCUUUGUGAGGGUGGCUUGCUGCACAGUUUACCUUUAUCAACUGAAGCGAUUUCUGUUGCUGAACCAUCUGUUAUUCAUUUGCCACAACCUUCAGCUUCAUAUUUUGGAGAAAUAAAUUUUGCUGCCGAAGUAUUUGAUGUUUGUUUGCAAGAACAAGCUUCAACUUCAUCUUGUGAUAAAAUGCCAUCUAUUUGUGAAGGAUCUCAUGUUUGUUUGCAAGAACAGCCUUUAGCCUCAUUUUGCAAUGAAAUACCAUCUAUUUGUGAAGGCUCUGAUGUAAGUUGAUAACUAAUGUAUAAUUAAAUUGCUUCCUUAUAUACAUUUAAAAUGUUCUAUAAAGUAAUUUUUUGGUAAAAGGAAUGUAAUUAAUUUCAUCA